GAGCGAGCGGGAGUGUCCUGCAAGGUGUCUUCCAUGCGGUCGCACAGUCGGAGCCUGCUUUGCGAUUGGACAGCAGCCCUCCCCUCCGUAGCGCGCAUUCUUUCCAACCCCCCUCCGCUCCUGCUCCCCGGUGCCGGGUGUUGAUGAGUGUAAGGAACAGUUUUAAAAACCUCCCCCCCGUACAGGACUUUUCAGUGUUAAUAUAUCAGCUGUUAACACAGGAGUGAGGAGGGUCAGCUGAAAGUGUGAAUAAAGACAGCCAGUUGGACAGUCCUGCUGUGCGCUGUGUUGGCAGUCGUAGGAUAUGGGGAAAGGAUUCUACAUCAGCAGAUCUGCAGGACGGGUGGCCUUCCUGCUUGUAGUGGCCGCUGCAGCGACAAUUGUCGCCCUCUCCAUCAUCUACGCUCAAGAGAAGUCCAAAAACUUGGCGACCAAUGGCGGUGGCGGAGUGGGUGCUACGACAGCUCCUGCCCCCACCCCAGCCCUAAUGUCCUCGAAUGACUCAUGGGACCAGUACAGGCUCCCAGACACACUGAGGCCUGAAUUCUACAACCUGACCAUGUGGCCCAGGCUGCAGAUGGACCAGAACGGCAUGUACAUCUUCACUGGGAGCUCCAGCGUGGUCUUCACCUGUAUGAAGGAAACAGACUUGAUCCUCAUCCACUCCAACAAGCUGAAUCUCACCACCUUUGAUGGUCACCUCGCCAGGCUGACCACGGUGGGCUCUGCCACUGGACCUGCCAUUGAGGCCACCUGGCUGCAGCUGGAGACGCAGUACCUGGUGGUCCAGCUCAGUGGCAUGCUGACUGUGGGACAGUCCUACCAGCUGUACACCGAGUUUCAGGGGGAGCUGGCCGAUGACCUUGGAGGCUUCUACAGGAGCGAAUAUGUUGAGGAUGGAGUUAAGAAGGUGGUUGCCACCACUCAGAUGCAGGCCACAGAUGCCAGGAAGGCCUUCCCCUGCUUUGACGAGCCAGCGAUGAAAGCCAUCUUCCACAUCACACUGAUCCAUGAGCCUGGGACUGUGGCCCUGUCUAACGGCAUGGAUAAGGAGACGGUUAACACCACUAUUGAAGGCACCAAAGUCACCGUGACUAAGUUUGAGCCCACAAAGAGGAUGUCAACCUACCUCCUGGCUUUUAUCGUCUGUGAUUUUGCCUAUGUCUCUGCCCCAGAGGACAGCGAUAAUGUUUUGAUUCGAAUCUGGGCUCGCAGAAAGGCCAUUGAAAAAGGACAGGGAGAGUAUGCACACAAUGUGACAGGACGAAUCCUCAAGUUUUAUGAAAGCUACUUUAAUGUCACCUACCCCCUGUCUAAGUCAGAUCAGGUCGCUCUACCUGACUUCAAUGCCGGGGCUAUGGAGAACUGGGGGCUUGUCACUUACAGAGAGACAGCUCUGCUCUAUGACCCUCAUAUUUCCUCCAAUGGGAACAAGGAGAGAGUUCUGACCGUCAUUUCCCACGAACUGGCUCACAUGUGGUUUGGGAACCUGGUGACUCUGAGGUGGUGGAAUGACCUGUGGUUGAACGAGGGCUUCGCCUCUUACGUGGAAUACCUGGGCGCCAACCAUGCUGAACCCACCUGGAACAUGAAAGACACAAUCGUCCUCAACGAUGUCCACAGGGUGUUUGCGAUCGACGCCCUGGCCUCUUCUCACCCACUGUCCUCCAGCGAGGACGAGAUCAAAAUGCCAAAUGACAUCAGCCAGUUGUUUGACACCAUCUCCUACAGCAAGGGGGCAUCGGUGCUGAGGAUGCUCUCUGAGUUCCUGUCAGAACCGGUCUUCGUUCAAGGACUCAGUGCCUACUUGAACCAGUUUGCAUACAGUAACACUGUAUAUAAAGACCUCUGGAAUCACCUUCAAAAGGCAGUGGACAGCACCCCGAGCCUGUCUCUCCCGCACAGUGUGAACGACAUCAUGAAUCGCUGGAUACUCCAGAUGGGGUUCCCUGUGGUCACUAUCGACACUCGCACAGGAGGGCUGUCCCAGAACCACUUCCUCCUGGACUCUGAGUCUGUUGUUGAUAGACCAUCUGAAUUCAACUAUGAGUGGUAUAUCCCCAUCACAUGGAAAAAGGCGGGUGCGGAACAGGAACCUUUUUGGCUGCUGCAGAAAACAGAUUCCUACAGUCCUCUGGCAGCAACUGGGAAUGAGUGGGUUCUAGCUAACGUGAACGUCACUGGGUACUACAGAGUGAACUAUGAUAGCGACAAUUGGGAACGCCUCCUGAACCAGCUGAACUCUGACCACCAGCUGAUUCCAGUCAUCAACCGGGCCCAGAUUGUGGAUGAUGCUUUUAACCUCGCUAGGGCAAAAAUUAUAAACAUUACUUUGGCUCUGAGAACAACUGUGUACCUAUCUGAAGAAAGAGAGUUCAUGCCAUGGGAGUCAGCCAUCGAUAACCUGAACUAUUUCUUCCUCAUGUUCGAUCGCAGUGAGGUCUACGGACCAAUGCAGGCUUAUUUCAAGAAGCUUGUCACACCUCUCUUGUCAUAUUUCCAGAGGACUACUUUGAACUGGACUAGGGUAUCCUCUAGCCAUGCUGACCAGUAUAACCAGGUAAAUGCCAUUUGGCUGGCCUGUAAAACCGGGGUGGAGAGCUGCCAGGCCCUGACCAAAGGCUGGUUCAAACAGUGGAUGCAGGACCCAGCCAAUAACCCGAUACAUCCCAAUCUGAGGACAACAGUGUACUGCAGCGCCAUAGCGGCAGGGGGCGCUGAAGAGUGGGAAUUUGGCUGGGAGAUGUUCAAGAAUGCCUCCAUUGCCUCAGAGGCAGAUAAGCUGCGAUACGCCCUGGCCUGUACCAAGCAGCCCUGGCUGCUGAACAGGUACUUGGAAUACACCUUGGAUCCAACUAAAAUUCGGAAGCAGGACGCCACUUCCACCAUCGUGUAUGUUGCCAGAAAUGUGGUGGGACAGACUUUGGCCUGGGACUUUCUCAGAGAGAGAUGGGAGUACAUUUUCACACAAUAUGGCAGCAGUUCCUUCUCAUUUGCAAGUCUCAUUAGUGGAGUGACUAAGAGGUUUUCAAGUAAAUUUGAGCUCCAGCAGCUUCAACAAUUCAUGAAGGACAAUGAGAAUGUCGGGUUUGGGUCAGGUGCGCUUGCACUGGAGCAGUCCGUAGCGAGUACCACGGCUAACUUGAAAUGGCUGGCAGAGAAUAAGGAGCCCGUGCUGAACUGGUUCAUCAGCCAAUCAAAAUGAAGAGCCUUUGGGACCUCAGGGAACCACAGUGUCCUUAUAAGCUAUCAGUGGCAAAAUAUAUCUUGAUUUGCUUUGACAUUAGUGGAACAAUAAGAAAUAAAUUUAUGAUUACUGAUGGAUUAGCAGGCCAGUUAACCUACCAUGACAAUAAUAUGCAGAACCAAUAAAUCAUUUCAGCUUUAUAGUGCUGCAUUUUCUCAUUUCAGAUGUCUUUUGUGAUCUAUGGAAUGCCAUGUACUUAUCUGUAUAAAGCCUUCAUAAGCUCUACAUAGUGCCUUCGUAAGUACAUACUGUAAGUGUUGUGAUCCAUGUCAUAAGUGACCUAAUCAUAGCAUACCACAUUAUGGAUAUUGACAUAGCACUCUUACACAUUGUAUUGGCUGCAAUGCAUCUUUAUGAAUGUUCAUUUAGCUCUUAUGAUUGCAUUAUGUAUUGCUUAUGAAGGUGUCCUGCAAUGCUUAUGUAGGCUGAUUUAGGUUAAGAUGAUGAGACUGUUUACACUUGUGUAAUCAUCAAUCUGAUUUGAUACUCAUUUAUUCCAUUUUAUUCCUUUUUUCUCUAAAAAUGGUGUGUCAUUGAUAAUUAAAACUGAUAAAAAGCAAUAAUGAUUAAAAUUGAUUAUUAUACUUUGUGUUAAUAUUUGUAAAUAUCAGCUCUAAAUUGUUAAUAAAUUGUUUUUUAAGACA